GCAACUGUCAAAUAUUUUAUUUUGUUUUGUAAAUUGUACUUUCAAUCGGACUUGGAAGAGUGUGUUUUGUUACCGAGUUCCCCAAAAGAGUGUAAUGUAAAUGCCAUUAUAAAUAAUUAUAAAUGAAAAUAAAUUAAAAUGCCGCGAAAAUUCUACGAGAUCGAUUGCACUUGGCUUAUUGGACAUGGAAAUGAUAUAAAUAAUUUGGUGACUGUGGACGAUACAACCGAUAAUGCAUUGCCGAAAAGAAUUUGACUAGCGGAUCAAUUAAAAUUCGAAUACCGUAUAAUGGAACUCAGCUAACGAAAGACGAAACAAUAACAAAAUUCUACACCAACAAUAAGCACUAGACUAACAAAAACAUCGUGGGGUAUAUAAACACAUACUAUUCAGCUCAUGCGCUCAACUGUUGAGAAUGCAAUUGAACUCUCUUUCAAUAAAACGUGCCAAACAAAUCAGCUGGUUUGUCGAGAUUGUCAGUAUGCAGACGGUGUUGGUUGCGUUUAGUUUGUUAAAGUUUUAAUUCGACAUAGUACAUUCAGUCGAGAUAUCGUCGCCGGCGAAUAAUGACCGAGUGUUUGAAUACAAAACCAGAGUGAUAUUUUGAAAAAUGGCGUACGGAUGUAAACAAAGAGAACAAUCGUUUGUGUUUGUUUUAAAUUAUUUAAUAUCGAUACUGAUUGUGCUGAGUGUGACUUGUUUUAUUGAAGGAUAUAGUCAUAGUGAUCAUCAUUGCAACCAUCAACAUCCGAAGGCUGAUGAGGUUAUACAUGGCGUUCACUUGGGCCCUGCACACAUAAUUAGAAGACGAAGUAUCACUAAUCCUUUAAGGAUCUUACUCUACUACGAUGAGUCGGUUUACAGAUUGGACGAAGAUAAAUUUGCAUUAAUUAAUAAUACAAUUUUGCCGGAAGCCGUUCACUUUUGGGAGCAAGCUUUAAUGGUUAGAGAAACAAAAGAAAUUAUUAGAUUAAAUAGAAAAUGUGAAAGUAGUCAAGUGUUUGUUAAAAACUCAUUAACCCACUGUAUAGACUCUUGUAAAGCAGUUACAAUGUGCGGUGAAGUGCAAGUACCUGAAAAACACUUGGACGUUUGUAGAACAUGCAAUGCCACCGGGCAAGAUUGCAAAAAUGACGUCAAUUCUGUGAUGGGUGAUGGCAUCGAAAAUGCUGAUUUCAUUUUUUACGUAUCAGCACGGCAAACGGAUCGGUGUGACAAGGGUUUAACGGUUGCCUAUGCAGCUCAUUGUCAACAGGAAUCUGCUUUGGAUCGACCGAUAGCAGGACAUGCGAAUCUGUGUCCAAGCAGCAUCAGCGUUAAACCGCAAGAAUUGCAAACUCUAUUAUCAACGGUGAAACAUGAAAUCUUACAUGCACUCGGAUUUUCCGUCAGCUUGUACGCAUUCUUUCGCGAUGAAAAUGGCAAUCCGCGGACGCCACGUAAACCAGACACGGGAAAACCGUAUUUGGACGAAAAAUUGCAAAUCCAUAAAUGGAGCAAUGAGACCAUACGAAAAGUGGUUCGACGUCGUUGGGCGGUUCGGGGUGGUUACAUAAAUCGGACCGUUGAUAUGAUGGUAACGCCGAGGGUUGUAGAAGAAGCAAGACGACAUUUUAAGUGUGCCGAAUUAGAAGGAGCAGAACUUGAAGAUCAAGGUGGUGAAGGGACUGCAUUGACACAUUGGGAAAAAAGGAUUUUAGAGAAUGAAGCAAUGACCGGCACGCAUACCCAAUCGCCUGUAUUCUCUCGUAUUACACUGGCACUGAUGGAAGACUCCGGUUGGUAUAAAGCAAACUAUAAUAUGGCAUCACCGUUGAGCUGGGGUAAAGGACUCGGCUGUUCAUUCGCAAUGCAAAGCUGCAAGGAUUGGAUAUAUGCGCUAAGUUCGAAUGAUGUUACGGAAAGUGAUAUUGAUUCAUCGGGAGGCAGAUCGAUUCAUCCAUUUUGUUCGAAAGUCAAACGAGACCCAUUACAAACGGAAUGUACGGACGAUAGAAAUUCGGUUGCUCUAUGCAAUUUAAUUCGGCAUGACAAACCGUUGCCAAAGGAAUACCAAAACUUCGACAGUAUUUUGCAUGUGCCCAGCGGUGAAGAGGAGUAUUAUGGCGGUUCCGUAUCGUUAGCUGACCACUGUCCGUAUAUACAGGAGUUUACCUGGCGCAGCAAAAAUGUGGUUGUACGUGGAUCUCAAUGUCAAUUUGAAGAUAACAAUCCGAAGCCAGAGAAAAAUUUUGCACUAGAAUCAUAUGGUGCUAAUUCAAAAUGUUUCGAUCACACGGAAAGUAUGUGGGAGGAAAGGUCAUGCCGACAAACUAGAGAAUGGCAGCAUUGGGGAUCUGGUUGCUACAAAUACAAAUGCGAAAAUCGUCGACUACAUAUCCUUGUCUCCAAUUAUUCAUACCCAUGCUACUAUCCCGGCCAGGAGCUAAGUAUUCGCGUUAUGUCCGGCGGUUGGUUGCACCGUGGCUCCAUCGUUUGUCCAUCGUGUAACGAAAUAUGCGGCGAUUACUUUGAGCAACAGGGUUUGGAGUGUCGGAUACGCGAAGAGGCUCCACCAUCGAAUAAGUAUCCGCGAGACGAUUUACAGUGCAAUGCGAGAAAUUGGCAUAUUAGUUCAGUGUUGUUGUUGAUGUGUCUGUGUGUAUCAUUUAUAAGAUAAGUGCUUUUCUGAGACAAUAACUGUUUUAGAUUUAUAUAUUUGAUGAUGUGAUAAUAAUUUUUAAUUUAAUCGAAAUGGAGACGGAGAAAAAAAAUUAUUGAUAAAACUAAGUGGUUAUGAUUGAACGGAAGAGAAAAGAAGACGUGGAAUGAAAUACGGAAUGGAAUAUUAUUAGGAUUAUGAAGAUGAAGUUAACUCUAUAUUUCCCGAGUAUAUUGGUGUUUUAUGUUGAUAACAAAAAAAUUGAAAAAGAAAGAAAAAAAAGUGUUCAGUUUAUAAGAGACGUAUUUUAGAAAAAAAAAAGAUUUAACAAAGAAUGAAACAUUAUGAUCCCGAC